UUUAUUAUUGCGCCGCCAGCGCAACCCGCGGUCACGUGACAGCGUCCGCCCAAUGACCGAGGCCCACGCCUGCCAGACCAGCACCGGCUCUCAGAGCCGGAGCUCGCUCUGCGCCCCGCCCCCGCCGCACGGUGCGCCCGAGCUAAACCUCCUCCGAGGUCCAGGCCCCGUGGAUUAAGGGUUCCCACUAAGCGUUGUUUCCCAGCUGGGCCACGAUAGAGUGUCCUGAUUGGCUUUUUUAGGAGGCACGGUAGGGACCAAUUUGAGACAGGGACCACUUCCUGAAGCGCGAGGCAGGAAGUUAUCUGGUACUUCUGGAGUGCGGUGGAGAAAGUGCUGUCUGCCGCAUUGGUGGCGGCGAGAGCCGGAGGUGGGUUGGGAGAAAGGCCUUUUGGUCGCCCUCCUUCGGUUCCCCCCAGUUAGAAGCAGAUUUUCUUCGCAGCACCACGGCCCCCUUGUCCCGUCCUGAGCCCGGCGCGGCUGCCCGGGAGCCUCGGUCGGGUUCCUUGAAGCCGCUCCCAGGGGCACCUACCCUGGCACCGCCUGGGCCACCAGCCGGGGGACUGGCUCCCUUCUCCAGCACUCUGGACGGCCGGCCGAAGUGCCCUUAUCGCUCCGCGCCCUGUCCCCUCUCCUCGAACCACCGAGACCCUGGUCCAGAGCGGCUGCCUUGGACUUGGGACUAGAACAGAUCCAAAACGCUCAGCCUGGGCCCGCCACAGACGGGCCUCUGCCUCGUCUCUGAUAUGUCGCCCACCGUCUCCCACAAGGACAGCAGUCGCCAGCGGCGGCCCGGGACUUUCAACCAUUCCCUGGAUAUGAAGACCGGCCCCCUGCCGCCGGGCAGCUGGGACGACAGUCAGUCCGACCCGGUGGGCGGGGAAGAGGACAGGGAAGCGCUUCUGAAGGAUGCUGACAUCGGUGACUUCUUGAGAGCCCCGCGGAGCUGUCGAGCGGAAAUAAGCAGCAUUUUGCUACUGCUCUUUCUUUACGUGCUUCAGGGCAUCCCCUUAGGCCUGGCCGGGAGCAUCCCACUCAUUUUGCAGAGCAAAAACGUCAGCUAUACAGAUCAAGCAUUCUUCAGUUUUGUGUUUUGGCCCUUUAGUCUCAAAUUGCUGUGGGCGCCGUUGGUUGAUGCAGUUUAUUUCAAGAGCUUCGGUCGCCGCAAAUCUUGGCUUGUCCCUACACAGUAUAUACUAGGACUCUUCAUGAUCUUUUUAUCCACUCAAGUGGAUCAUUUCCUCGGGAAUACCGAUGGCAGAACACCAGAUGUGUUUUCUCUCACUGUGACAUUCUUUUUAUUUGAAUUCCUGGCCGCCACUCAGGACAUCGCUGUGGAUGGCUGGGCUUUGACGAUGUUGUCCCGCGAAAACGUGGGUUAUGCUUCCACUUGCAAUUCGGUGGGCCAAACAGCAGGCUACUUUUUGGGCAAUGUUUUGUUUUUGGCUCUUGAAUCUCCCGACUUUUGUAACAAAUACUUGCGGUUUCAACCUCAACCUAAGGGAAUUGUUACUCUUUCAGAUUUUCUUUUUUUCUGGGGAACUGUAUUUUUAAUAACAACAACUUUAGUUGCCCUUCUGAAAAAAGAAAACAAAGAAGUAUCAGUGGUAAAAGAAGAAACACAGGGGAUCACAGAUACUUACAAGCUGCUUUUUGCAAUUAUAAAAAUGCCAGCAGUACUGACAUUUUGCCUUCUGAUUCUAACCUCAAAGGUUGGUUUUUCAGCAGCAGACGCAGUAACAGGACUGAAAUUGGUAGAAGAGGGAGUGCCUAAAGAACAUUUAGCAUUACUGGCAGUUCCAAUGGUUCCUUUGCAGAUAAUAUUGCCUCUGAUUAUCAGCAAAUAUACUGCCGGUCCCCAGCCACUAAACAUAUUUUACAAAGCCAUGCCCUACAGAUUAUUAUUUGGAUUAGAAUAUGCUCUGCUAGUUUGGUGGACUCCUAAAGUAGAGCAUCAAGGAGGAUUCCCUAUAUAUUACUAUAUUGUAGUGCUGCUGAGUUAUGCCUUACAUCAGGUUACAUUGUACAGCAUGUAUGUUUCUAUAAUGGCUUUCAAUGCAAAGGUUAGUGAUCCACUCAUUGGAGGAACAUAUAUGACUCUUUUAAAUACUGUGUCCAACCUGGGAGGAAACUGGCCAUCUACAGUUGCUCUUUGGCUGGUGGAUCCCCUCACAGUGAAAGAGUGUGUAGGGGCCUCCAACCAGAACUGUCGAACUCCUGAUGCUGUUGAGCUUUGCAAAAAACUUGGUGGCUCAUGUGUUACAGCGCUGGAUGGUUAUUAUGUGGAAUCCAUUAUUUGUGUGUUUAUUGGAUUUUGUUGGUGGUUCUUUCUUGGACCGAAACUUAAAAAGUUACAAGACGAAGGACCAUCUUCAUGGAAGUGCAAAAGGAGCAAUUAAUGCAUAGACUGUUGAAUGUUCUAGAAGGUAAUUAUAGUUUGGUUUUAAUUCAGAGAACUGUGAUAAUCAGCACACAGGAAUAUCAAAUAUUAUUUUAAGCAAGGAAAUUACUAAUAUAAAAUGCCAAAUGGUUGAAAAAUAGAAACUUUUCAGUAUGUUUGUUCAUAUUUUUCCUUUGCCUUGUCAAUGUAUUUAAAGUUUACUUAAGGUCAGGAAAUUUGUUCUCAAACAACUUUUCUAGCCUUGUUAUUUGGUUUGUCUUUUUAAUUUACUGACCAAAGCAUGUUUUGAGCUGCAGUGUCGUAGUCAAGGGUGAUAACUGUAUAGUCAAGUAUUGUUACCAGUGCCUAUCAUUGAACUGUAUUUAAAUUUUGGCACAGUAUAUUAAAUAGAAGAGAGCUUGAUAUUCAAGAGCUAACUACAGCUAAUCUGAUCUUGUUGGCCGUUAAAAAUUUUCUUUUGAAUUGUAAAUUUGUUAAAUUUCAUGUGGAACUGCUGCAAAUAGAUUGUAGACUACCGAAACAUCAUUUAGUUGAUUUCUGACCAUAACCAUAUUGCACAAAUGAGUCUGUGUGAAAAAGACUAUUUUAAAUGUAUUCCUGCUUUUGUAAGCAUUAAAGAUUUAUAAGAAGAUAAUUUAAACUAUUUUUUAUAAAAUGAAAGCUACAAUUUUUUUAAUUUAUUGAUUUCCCCUACCCUGCCCCCCUUUUGGAAGAUAUUUUGAUUCUUUGUUGACUUUUACCCUAACAGUUGUGUACGUUUUUGUCACAAGUGCUUCAUGACGCAGAGACAGCCAAGAAGGGGAUCAAACUUAGUGUUGUAUGUAUGUUCAUGGCAAAGUUUUGAAAAUAAAAAUUGAAUGUCAUUCUUCAAGUACUUUUUUUAAUUACUAAGAAAAAUAUUACAGUUUUCCAAUUAAAUAAAUUGAAACAAGUAAUAUAAUUAAUAAAAAUAUUUUAAAGAGAUGGAGAGACAUUUUGUGCCUUUGACAAAUUAAGUCAUGUAGUAGAACAUCUUAAUUAAGCACUUUAUUAGUAAAAAUGAUCUCAUAUACUUUAUGCCAAAUCAAGUACUGUGCUUUAUCUUGUCUAUUUAAAAGCAACCUUCUGUUGGUAAACUGUGGUUUCCAAUGGCAAAUUGCUAUUCCAGGAGUGUAAGGUUUUGAGCAGAUUGGCAAUUUUCAACAUUUUACACCCAGUAUGAUAAAGUUCUUUGCAUAUUUUGUGUUAAGUAUUACUCUGACUCUUUAGAAAUUAUAUAAAUCCUUUAAAAGUUAGGGAAAAAAGAUUCAUUUGUGAGUUCUAGUUCAUGUUAUCUUUGUGGGAAAAUACAUACUAACUCCUGAUUUUAUUAAUUUAAUAAUGUAGGUUGAAUUUUAGAGCAGGGCUUUUAUAAAUAAUGGAGAAUAAGCAGGGUGGGAGAAAAGGGCACACAGCGUCUGAAGGAAGACGGGGCAGUGGCCCCUACAGCUCAUGCAUUACCGCUGGGAAACCUAUGUUGGGUAUGGAAGUCAGACUGUGAAGAAUCCUCAGGAAAAAUACUCAUCCUAGAGGCAAGGAGGCAGCACCAAACCACAGACUACAGUCCGUUGUCACGUGAUUUUCCACUCUCAUGUAUUAUAAUCAAAAUAUUUACUUGAAUAAAGAGAAACUCACUUAACUCA